GUGCGUAUAGCUGCAAAAUUCAUCACUCAUGCACCCCCUGGGGAAUUCAAUGAAGUGUUCAAUGAUGUCCGGUUACUGCUCAGCAAUGACAAUCUUCUCAGGGAAGGAGCAGCACAUGCAUUUGCACAGUAUAACAUGGAUCAGUUCACUCCGGUGAAGAUAGAAGGGUAUGAUGAUCAGGUCUUAAUCACAGAACAUGGUGAUCUGGGCAAUGGCAGGUUUUUAGACCCAAGAAACAAGCUUUCUUUUAAGUUUGAUCAUCUAAGGAAAGAAGCAAGUGACCCCCAGCCUGAGGACACAGAAUCGGCUUUAAAGCAAUGGAGAGAUGCCUGUGACAGUGCAUUGAGAGCUUAUGUGAAAGAUCAUUACCCCAAUGGCUUCUGUACUGUUUAUGGUAAAUCUAUAGAUGGACAGCAGACAAUUAUUGCCUGUAUUGAGAGCCACCAGUUCCAGCCUAAAAACUUCUGGAACGGUCGUUGGAGAUCAGAAUGGAAGUUUACCAUCACACCACCAAUGGCUCAAGUGGCUGCAGUGCUCAAAAUCCAGGUUCACUAUUACGAAGAUGGCAAUGUUCAACUGGUUAGUCAUAAAGAUAUCCAGGACUCCGUACAGGUUUCAAGUGAUGUCCAGACAGCCAAGGAAUUUAUUAAGAUAAUAGAAAAUGCAGAGAACGAGUACCAGACAGCAAUCAGUGAAAACUACCAGACGAUGUCAGACACCACUUUCAAAGCCUUGCGCCGGCAGCUUCCUGUCACCCGCACCAAGAUCGACUGGAACAAAAUCCUCAGCUACAAGAUUGGCAAAGAGAUGCAGAACGCUUAAAGUGGGAAUGGGGAGAUGAGGAAAUGUUUGUGUGCAAAAAACAAAUGUGGUCCUAUGCCAAGUAGAUGGUUUCUAAACCAGUGCAGCAUUUUUCUAGGGCUUUCAAAGUUAACAGGUUUUCUAGCCUCAGAACUGUGGAACAAAUAGCAUUGUCUUUGUGUUUUGUGUUUCCGGCUGCAUAAACUUCCUGUUGUGGCUGCAUUUACUGAUAGGUUGUUUUAAUUAAGCCACGUUUCAUGGCUCAGAAGUGUAGCUGUUUUCAAUCACUGGUUGGAAAACUUCCUAGCUGGAAAAGCCCUAUUAUUAUCAAUACAGCUGAGGGUGCAGAGCAUUCCCCUCACCCGUGUACAGCACUCCAGGUACUCCAGUAAGUUUGUCAAAUCUGCCAACAGCCUCCGGCGCUAUG